AUGGACAGCCGAUUCGAAUGGGUAGCAGCACGAGACGGCGCAAUUCCGCCGCGAGCCAUCGCUGGCGGGGUCGAGCGCGACGGGCGGCCGCUGUUCAUUGCACGAGCGUUUUUCAAGGGCGGGCUCCACCCAGGCAAGGCGGCGCCACAUAUCCAGAACGGCGGGUUUGCAAUGGGGUGGGGCGGGGGCGAACACAACCUGAACGAGUACUUUGUGCUGUGCGGCAACGCCAACGCAGUGCAGUGGGUAGCUGCCGGCAAGGAAGCCGACGGCGUGCCGCUGUUUGUGGCCAAGGCCAAUUUCCAGAACUCGCAGCAGUUGGCCUGGGAUUCGGCGGCCGGGAGCACAAUGAGAGGAACUACCAUGUGUUAG